AUGUCUUCCGGUUCAUCCUCCAAUUCCGAGGCCGCCAUUCUUCCCGAGCACCGCAGAGAUGAAUCUUCGACUGACAUAUCGAGCUCGGGGUCUACCGAACAUUCUUCGAAUGCUUCUUUGGUUCGGAAGAAUUCCCGGGUCGUCAAGGUCGGCACGAGCAGCCGCAUCCCGAUCAGGGCUCUGGAACGGAUGGAUCGGGCUCUCCGUGAGCCCGAGGGUCAAGUUCCCGUUGAUUUGGUCGUGGAUCAGGAGCCAGAUGUGAAGACGGAUGAGGACGCUCUCCUUCUCGAGGGUGGGGACCAAAGAGCGCAGGACCCGAACGAUGACGAUAUGAUGCCGAUCGUGGAUCGUCCCUGUAUCUGUGCUCCGGUGAAGUCUACUCUAUCAACCCCCGAAACAGUCCGGGCUGCUAUGCUGGUUGGUGGAGCCCCUCCUGGAGUCAUAAUUCAGGUCCCCGAACCGGAGGAGCGUCCCUGGGACGCUCCUGAAGACUUUAUUUGCGUCUACGAAGCUUAUUUCCGCGAGGCCGGGUUAACUUUCCCCUUGCCUCGCCUUCUGUUCGCGUACCGCAACCGGUGUGGCUGCGCGAUAGCCCAACUCCAGCCGGCGUCGAUUGUAAACUUCGUUGGGAUUCUUCAACUCGGGCGCGAUAUCCGCACUCGAAUCAAUGUGGCACAGUUCGAGGAGCUCUUUAUCAUGAAAGUCUUGUCGGCCAAAAGCUGGUUCAUGUCGGUGAACUGCAAUCCAAAAUUCGAUUUGGUCACCGGGAACAAGGCCAGCAAGUUUACGGACUGGGACAAGAACUACUUUUUUCUUCGCGUUGACUCAAUUUCUGCUGAGAAUCCGGAGAGCACGUUCCGGACUGGCUGGAGUGUUGACUUUGAUCGUCACGUUCCAGGGUUUAUCCAACGCUCUCUUACGUCCGACCUAGCGAAGCAGCUUAGUCUCGCCGCCAAAUCAAAGGCUGAACCCAGCUCGUCGAGGCCGGUGCCGAAGAAAAAGAAAUCGAGGAAAAGCAACAAGAGGAGUCGGAGGAUGGCGUUCGACAGGUCGAAUAUCCCAAUAAUGGAAUUUGGGGCUGAUGAGGAAGAUGACAAUGCCCCAAUCGACAUUGUCGGUCUCGAUGGGAACGAGGCCGGUGACGGCGUUGGAGAUGCUAUCGGGGACGAGGUCGAUAACGUCCCGGUCGGCCCGGUUGACCCUCUGAUCCCGGUUGCAGAGCCGGAGGGCGAUGUGGCGGGAACUAGUGUUCCCGAGGCGACUCCUCAGGCUCAAAUGGAGGAGGGGGAAAUUGGUGAGCAGGAUGAGGACGAGCUCACCAUUGCCGACCGCGUCCGUAGGAAGAAGGGCAAGUCUUUGAAGAAAUCGUCUCGGAAGAAGGGUGGUGAGCCUGAGACGGCUGCGAGUGAGGGGACUUUGGUCCUUCACGAAUCGCCUAACGCUUCUCAGGUUCUUCCAGCGGAUCCGGCUGCCAAGACCGAGAACCCGAGGUCAUCCAAGAGGCGUCGGACCUCUGACUCGUCCUCCUUCUCUGUUCGGCUCAAGUACAACAAGGACCAGUCCUUCUUCGACGACUCGUCCGCCUGUGCCGAGCUCUUCAGGCAAAUCGUGCCGGCCUCGUCUCCAAUGCCAGAGACCAAAGACCUCUUCUGCUCCAAGUCUUACGCUCGGCUCGUCUGUGAUACCAACGAGCUCGUUCGCGAGUACGACUCCGAGGUCGAGAGGCUGAGGAAGAUCAAUGCUGAUGUCGCGGCCGAGAGGGCGUCUUUGGAGGUGUCGUACCGGGACGAAAAAGAGAGGUACGAGGCUGCUAUGCUAGCCUUCUUCGAAAAGGAGAAGGAGAACGCGGCCUUGAAGGAGCAAGUCGGGGCUCUGGAGAAGUGGACCGCCGAACUGGAGGGGGACAUGGAUGCUCUGUCCAAGUCGUUCAAGACCAGCGAACAAGAGAGGCGGAAGUACCGAGACGCCGAGUCCAAGGGUCGGAAGAUGCUGGCCGCGCUUAGGGGCAAGUGCGAGGGGAAGCUUGCCAAGAUGAAGGACUUUAUGGACAAGUCCGAGCUCAGAAAGGCGCCGUUCCUCAAGCUUAACCAGGCGACUGCUCUGGUCGGCUUCUGCGACUUCCUAAGGAGGGAGCACAACAUGAUCGUCCCGUCUCACAUCGUGGAUACGUACGGGCGUAGGAUCAAGAACUGCACAAAGGAGGUCGACGACAUCCCCCUUCCGCGGUUCGAGAACGAAGAUUUCCUCCUCCCGAGUGACGACGAUCUCAUUCCUCGGAUUGUGCUUCCGCCGGGGACACAGGUUCCGGAGGGCUUGGACCAAUUCGACUCAAACUCCAAGUCCAUCUCGGCUGAUCGGGCAGCGAGUCUCAAGAGUCUGGCGUCUGUCGCUCGCCAAUGA